AUGACGUUCCCUUUCAGGAUUGUUGAGCACAUCAUCCCCGGACAGCAUAUCCGGGAACAUCCACAUGCCCUAAAAGGACGUCAGGAAACAGCUUUGAAGCUUGCGAUCAAGCAGUAUAUUCCGCUCGAUCAGACGGAGCCUAUUCCAGAAAAUGCUGUGACAAUCAUCGGGGCGCACGGGAAUGGAUUUCCAAAGGAGGCAUAUGAGCCGCUGUGGGAGGAUCUCUACGCCCACCUCAACAAGCGAUCAAUUCCUGUGCGCAGCAUUUGGAUUGCCGAUAUCUCCAAUCAAGGCGCAAGUGGUGUUCUGAACGAGCAUGUGCUGGGGGAUAAUACGCAUUGGCAUGAUCAUUCCCGGGAUCUGUUGCAUAUGAUCAACCACUUCCGCGACGAUAUUACUCGUCCUAUUAUCGGAGUCGCCCAUAGUAUGGGAUGCACACAGCUCAUCCAGUUAUCUAUCAUUCACCCUCGUCUCCUCUCAACGCUUAUCCUCUAUGAGCCCAUCAUCUUCGGGGAGCCAUCCGGGGGCCCGAACCCCGCAAUCUCGGCGGUGUUGCGUCGAGACCUAUGGCCUUCGCUAGAAAAGGCCGAAAUGCAGCUGAAACGAGGCUUCGCCAAGUGCGAUUCCCGCGUCGUGGACCGCUACCUUCGCUUCGGUCUACGGCCUGUGCCGACGCGCCUCUACAACUCAGAGAAUGACACCAAUAUUCCCCCGACAGCCGUCACACUAACGACCAGCAAGCAUCAAGAAGCCUGGGCGUAUACCAUUCCCAAUCUCGAACCCGAAUCAGCGGGGCUGAACGACCUCCUACUUCCAGACUGGGAUCCAGUCAUAGAACGUCCUGCCCCAUUUUCCCGUCCAGAAGCUUUCGCGGCUUUUCGGAAUCUGCCCUUUGUGCGGCCAAGUGUAUUCUGGGUCUACGGUGGCCGGAGCUGGCUUUCUCCACCCGCUGCUCAAGAUUCCAAGUUACGAGCGAACCGGACAGGUAUCGGAGGAAGUGGAGGUGUGGCUAAGGGGAUGGUAGACAAGGCGGUUUUACCGAAGGCGACACACCUAGUCGUCUUUGAAGAAGUGGGUUGGUGUGCGGAGGUCGCGGCCAACUGGAUUGAGAAGUGGUUUGCGCGAUAUCUGAAAGAGGAAGAGUUCUGGCGAACGUACCAGAGCAAAAAGUCCGAUCCGGAGAUGCUCAGGAAUUCCGAGGCCAGUAUCCGGGUUGCUAAGGUGGUAGUAGGGUCCCGCCCUGGUGUCGCCAAGGGGAAGUUGUAA